AUGGCUGCGGCCGCGGCGUGCGGCUCCCCGCCUCCCCGCCCGCCCCGCGAGCAGCCGCCGCCGCGCAAGCGGGGCGACUCCCGGCGGCGGCAGGCCGCCCUCUUCUUCCUCAACAACAUCUCCCUGGACGGGCGGCCGCCCUGCCCGCCCGCCGAGAAGCCGCCGCUGCCCGCCGGCCCGGGCGACGGGGAGGAGGCGGCGGCAGAGCCGGCCGGAGCCCCCCCGCGCCUGCUUCCCCCUCCGCCCGUAUGCCAGCCGCCUCCCGCCUUGCUCCUGCCCGGCGUGCCGGCGCUCGCCGCCGCCGGAGCCAAGGGGGAUGCGGACCCCGCCCGCGGGGGCAUCUUCCUGCCGCAGCUGCUGCUGGGCGGCCCGCUGUGCCCGCCGCCCCCGGCGCCGCCCGCCCUGCCGGCGAUGCUGGCGGCCCCCAAGCCGGGCGCCCCGGGGCUGCUGAGCCCCACGCAGAGCGCGGCGGGCGGCGGCUUCGCGCUGGAGGCGCAGCGGCAGAGAACCAAGCAUAUAUCUGGGUCUCCAAGACACAAAAGUUUGAAGAAGAUGCACUUCAUCAAGAACAUGAGGCAGUAUGACACCAAGAACAGCAGGAUAGUGUUAAUCUGUGCUAAACGAACACUGUGCGUGGCGUUUUCUAUCCUACCUUACGGGGAGGGGUUGAGGAUCAGUGAUCUGAAAAUGGAAGGACAGAAACAGCGACAUCCUUCUGGGGGAGUUUCAGUAUCUACUGAGAUGGUGCUUGGACUGGAAGGAGUAGAGCUGGGUGCUGAUGGCAAGGUUGUGUCCUAUGCAAAAUUCUUGUACCCGACCAACGCUCUGGUUGUUCGCAAAGCCGACGCCUACGGUGCUGUUCCCCCCUGUCGAGCCAGUGCUCCCCGGAGUCUUCCUGGAUCAAGAUACAAACCUGUGACAGCAAAAACCAUACCAGCAGGGACAGACAUUGGAAGUGAAGCUGGAGAAGCUGCAGAGUAUGAUCCAAAUCUUCUGGAUGAUCCUCAGUGGCCCUGUGGAAAACAUAAACGUGUUCUCAUCUUUGCCUCUUACAUGACUACAGUCAUAGAGUAUGUGAAACCCUCUGACCUUAAAAAGGAUAUGAAUGAAACCUUUAGAGAGAAGUUUCCUCAUAUCAAGUUGACACUGAGCAAAAUUAGGAGUUUAAAGAGAGAGAUGAGAAACCUGAGUGAGGAGUGCAGUCUGGAGCCAGUGACUGUCUCCAUGGCCUACGUUUACUUUGAGAAGCUCGUCCUGCAAGGCAAACUCAACAAACAGAACCGCAAACUGUGCGCUGGUGCUUGUGUUCUGCUCGCAGCCAAGAUCAGCAGUGACCUCAGGAAACAUGAAGUGAAACACCUAAUAGAUAAACUAGAAGAGAGAUUCAGAUUCAACAGAAGGGAUCUCAUCGGUUUCGAAUUCACCGUGCUCGUAGCUUUGGAACUGGCUCUGUAUCUCCCUGAAAACCAAGUUUUACCUCAUUACAGACGGCUCACACAACAGUCUUAGCCAAAGCUCCGUCCCAGCCGGCAUCCAGCCGUGCUGGGGCCCCACCCCGGGAUGCUGCUGGUGGAGGUGCCACUGGCUCCAGCUCCUUGGGAAGGCUGCAGGGUGUUGGGAACUGUCGAGGUCUGUGGACACAGAUGCCAAAUCUAGGGGAUGGUACGAGAAGAGUUAUUGAACUUUUGUUUUCUUUUGGACAUUUAAAGCACAAAUAUUCACCAGUCAGCUGUCAUGGCUGCUUAUUAUUCCUUAUUUAUCUUCCUGGUUUUACUAAAACUGUUCUUCCCCAUGAAGAAUACUAUGGUAUUGGUUCUUUUUCUUUUGUUUUGUUUUAAGCCUUUAUUGUAUUCCUUGAAACUGAAGGAACAUUACUUCCAUUCCAGUGCACCAUAAAGUUCAGAUGUUUCUAAGAACCUUCUCACAUUUUUACAUUAAUGAAAUGCAUACUUUAUUUUUUUAAAGAUGUGCCUAAAACUGGCUGGUCUGGUACCAGUGCUUUUUAAGUUAGUUCUGUUAUUUAGUGGGGAAUCCUGAAUUUGUAUAGCCAUUUAUUCUUUACCUGCAUUGGCCUUGCAUACAAGGAAAACAAUUCCAGUAUAUCUGCACUAAUAAUAUACAGGGCAUCUAUUCUGUGAUCUAUAAGUAGCGAGAUUGAAAUUACUCCAUUUCAAUUUAUUUACUAUAAAUAACUUAAAAAUAUACAUUUUACUUUAGAAGGAAAAGGGUUUGAAAACCUGUCAUGAAGUACCACACGUUGAGUGAGGUAGUUGGGAAGUGAUUGCCGUCCUAAUUCACUCUUGAGUGGAAGAUGAGCACUUGACUAAGAGCAAUUUGCUGUCAAACGUAUAAUUUAGGGGUUUUAUUUGUUUCUCUAUUCUGUAGCCUGAAAUAAGCACCUUUUUUUAAGAUUGACUGUAUUGUAGAUGGUCUUAUCUGAGCAAAUAUGAAGCCGGUAGAGUUACUGCUGCCAACCGAGGCCAAUGAAACAAAGCAUGCUCGGUAUUUAAAAUGCUACUUUUUUUACUCUCUGUUCUUCCAAGCGUUGCAUCACUGUGAUGGUCCUCAUAAAACUGGCAUUUCUUGCACAUCUGAGCAGCCACUACUGGCUGGUGCCCAGCAGCUCUCUAGUGCGUACACAGAGCUCAAGUAACUUCUCUGCCCCUUGGCUUAUUCCUUCCUUUAUUUUUACAGUAUCCAGGUUGGGAAUGAAUUGUUUAUUAUAUGUGGAACCUUCUGUGGUAUUGGCUCUUGGGUUUAUUUUCUGAAGCAAUAUUAUGAUAAAAGUUACUGGGUCCUUUUGCAAGGAACAAAACUGAUACUUGGUUAUUCCAACUGAGAAAGUUGUAAUUUAAGUUUGACUCAUAAACUGCCAGAGCUGAUGCUGAGGUCAGGGACUUGCUUUCCAAUAUGUAAGUAAUGUAAAUUCCUGUUCCUUGUAUUAAAUAUUGGUUGUAGCCAAAACCAAAGCUGAAUCUUUGCUCUUCAGCUGUGUUUUGUCUGAAGCUAAUUUGGCUUCAUUAGAAUUGCAGCAAACUUUACUGGAGCCCCUUCCUCUCUGAGUGGGGCUCAAAGUGUGUUUUUCAUAUAUAAUAAUUACAGUGACUAUCAAACCUUUUGUAACUGUGUUCAGCUGUAUGUAGCUUCAAAUUAUUUGUGUAAAAUCUAUUAUGCUUGUGAUUUCUCUGACACAGAAGGACUUUCCAGUCUCCAGAAGUGAAAUGUAGCUAAUAGCUUAGACAAUAAGCUUGCCAGAUAUCUUCCAAAAGGUUUUUAAAAAAAUGCCUACUAGUUAAACUUUCUACUGAAUAUAUCUGCCCUUGCAUGCAGAAAUAGUGGUGUACUAAACAUCUAGUGUGUAAUGAGCCUACAAAUUAGCAAACAGUGGUGCAGACAGCUGAGGCGGCAUUGUGGAGGGGACAGAGGUACAACAGAGCAAAGAAAUUUCUCACAGGACAGCUUGAUUAGUAUGAAUGAAAUCUGAACGUGUCUUUCUCUGGGAACGUCUUUAUUUAGUGUAUAAAGAGUUUUCUGUAACAAAAUUAACUUUCUUUUCUCACCAUCUAAGGGAACAAAACGCACUUUGGUUUGCAACACUUUGCAGUCUGUAUUCAGUGGAAGUUUGUCUAGUUCAAGUGGCCAUUUGGGCUGUAAUUACACUCCCACAAUCUGUGGGUUUACGUCAAAAAACCGGCAAGCUUUUGUUUUCUUCCAGGAGAACAAACUGGGGUAAAAGGAGCAUUAAAUUACAGAAAGCUGAAUGUUGUCUAACAGUGAUUCUAGACCUUGGCUCGGGCACACACUCGGGUUGGGAAGCCAAGGAUGACGCAGGGCAGAGCUUGGGGUGAUGCUGCGCAGAGCCUGGGGCUUGUGCAAGGGCUGCCUCGUGUGUGUGCAGAACAGCCGGCCCUUGUGCAGGGAUCCUCCCCCACCUCCCCGCUCUGCCCGCCGCGUUCGCAGCUCGCAGUCCUGUCCGGGAAUCUCUCCGCUUUCACCUAAAAGCUGCCACCAUGUGGCAAAGGACUAUCAGUACCGUGUCUGUUCGCAAACUCAGCGCGGGACCCAGAGCCAGACCUGCCGGUCCACGUUUGCACAGCCUAACUCCUCUUGCUCUGAAGAGAAACAGGUUUACACCGAGGUGGGGUCUGGUGCUUUGUUGAAGGUGCUGCUGGUGUGGCUCAGCACGGAGAACUCUCUUGAGAAGAGCCUGUACAUUUUCCUGUAAACAAAAACUCUUCUAGUUUUGUCAUAUUCCAUUAUUUAAAAGUCUGAGUUGUAGCCUGUUUUGGGUUUUUUUUUGUUGUUGUUUUUUUUUUUUUUUUUUUUUUUUUUUUUUUUUUUUUUUUGGGUUUUUUUUUGGUUGGUUUUUUUUUUUUUUUUGUUCGUUUGUUUUUUCUUCUGUGAAAUUAAGAUGCUGUGAAAUAAAACCUGUUUUGGUA